AUGAGUUGCAAUAAAUGCUGUGGGCCAGGUUACGCAAGUCCGCAGGAAGCAGCGCAUGGACCUAAGGAAAAGGUACUGUUCGUCACAUGUCCUCAUGCAUCUGGUAACGGUAAUGAUCUGCUUGUUGCUAUAGAUGUCGACGAAGAAAGUGAGACAUUUUGUCAGAUUCUAUCCAAAGCCGUACUUCCAAACAUUGGCGAUGAAGUACAUCACACCGGAUGGAAUGCAUGCUCGUCCUGUCAUGACAAACCUUCAGCUAAAAGGACGCAUAUAAUAUUGCCAUGCCUGAACUCGAAUCGAAUUUAUUUCAUAAAUGUUGAAGACGAAAGGAAUAUUCGACUGGAAAAGAAGCCACCACCAGCCUUGCGUAUCAAGGGUCACCGCAUAGAAGGUGGUCCACAAAUGCUGCAGCUCAGUUCUGGAGGAGAGAUGUUACGCAUAGACAUCGACGAAAAUGGUGUUAUGAAACUCAACGGAAACUUUUUAUUUGACUUCGGUGCCAUCGAAGGUGGUCCAUACCUUGGACACGAAAUGCGUUACCCAGGAGGAGACUGUACUUCAGAUAUUUGGGUUUGA